AUGCCCGCCCCAACCCUCACUGUAUCCGAAAUUUUCAAGGACAAGCAUUAUGCCUCGUGGCCUUUACACUUCUGUGUUGCUAUUGGUAAUCUCGGUACGCUUCAAUAUCUGCUGGACAAAGCCACGCCUGAUGUCAUCAACGAACCCGAUAAUCAAUGGGGGACACCGUUGCAUAUUGCCAUUUACCUUGACAAUGGAGAUGCUGUGGAUAUGCUUCUGAAGGCUGGUGCUCUUCCUGCUCUUAUGCCCGACCACGUCUACAAGGAAUACUACACGACCGCCAUUGGGGUCGCUGCCCGCUUGGGCAAUAUGGAUCUCCUCUGGAAACUCUGGAAGCAUGUCGAUUUCGAAACGGUAGGUAUUGAGAGCUGUUUGGUCGAGGCAGCGGGAUACAGUCAGCCUUCUACAGUUGACGCCCUUCUAGAAUGGGGACGUGAGAGGUGGUCCCUCGAGGCUGAAGCUCAUGCUUUGAGCGAAGCAGCCAAGCGUUGGAACAUUGAGAACAUCCGAUUUCUUCUCUCCAGAUGUUCUUUCGUCCAGGAGAGCCUCGAUUCGGCAUUGGGUCAAGUGCCAGUUCAGAAGAUACAAACGGAUCUUGACCGUGCUGCACAGUCACAGACGAUCAAGCUACUGAUGGACGCCGGGGCCGAUCCUUGCAAUAGUAAAGCCUUCAUUCAUCAUUCUAUGAUUCGUAACGAACCACUUCUUGUGCACACUGUUGCUUAUGAGCGUCUUCACAACUGUCUGGAGGCGAUGCUCGAAAAUGGAACAGACCCAAACGUAUCCAUCAAUGCUCAAGGACAAACUUUGCUGCAUUAUGUGGCGAUUGCAGCACGAGGAAUGAUAAUGUUUGGGCGGAGUCCCUUCUUGCCACGGCGUGGCUGCAGAGAGGGGGCUUACAAACUACUUUUCCGCUUUAACGCUUCAGUUAUUCGGCAAGAUGUCUUUGGAAACACUCCUCUACACUUUGCAGCUGCUACAUCUGACUUAGAUGUUUUGCAACACAUGCUCUCGACCUUGCCCACCGAGCUGGAAAGAAGGACCGCUCUAAGAUUGCGGAAUCACCGAGGUGAGUCGUUGCUCCAUUUCGCAUCCGGAGGGGCGCAAAUCGAUGUCAUGGAAUAUCUUCUAUCCGAUGAGGUUGGUAUUCAUGUUGAUGAGACUUCUUUCAGGGGAUGGACCCCGCUUCUGAACGCAUUGGCGCUUAUCCCCGCGAUAACAAGGUCUAGUAAGUUGGAGGCAGCUCGGCUGCUUCUCGUCCGCGGCGCCAACCCAACUGUGGGCACGCACGAUGGCUGGACAGCAUUGCAUUGUCUCGCUAUGAAUCCAUAUCUUGGAAAAUCUGGUGAGUCAGAAAACUUCGUUGGGGAACUUCUAUCGAGAGGUGUAUCGCUUGAUAGCCGAGCGUCGUUUGCCUUUGAUGAACACGAUCAGUCAAGGGAGGCUCGCAGCAAACGAGGCAUCUCAUAUGGCUGUUUACAACUGCACCACCUUGAAGACCCUAAGUUAUAUGGUAAGGUUAUCCGAUCUGGCCUCACGCCGUUACACGUUGCUGCCCUUCAUGGCGCAAUUGAUGUUGCAAGAGCUUUGCUUAAGCGUGGAGCUGAUCCUGCAGCCGAGGAUUCAAAGGGAAACUCCCCGGCUAGUGUCGUCCACGUUCGCAGUUCAAGCCUUUCUCUCGCCAUCUCCCCAGCCGUCUCUAUCAUCACGAUCAUCCUCCCUAUCCUCGGCUUUCUCAACACAGCAUGCUAUCCUACUUUCCGCCGUAACACAAAAUACUCGCCACACGGUAUCGCUCAACUUGGUCCGCUAGUGGUCCAAGUCCUACAGGCCCUCAUCGCUACCAUCCUCGCAACACUACUCCUUGAGCGCGCCGUACCGUCAAGCGUGACGAGCUGCAUGUUGGAUAAGCAAUGGAUGAGAAUGUUUCGCGCUCAUGAUGCAGGUAGUAUACGCAAGAUUCAAGAUGCUUUUGACUGUUGCGGAUUGAACUCCGUUCGUGACCGGGCCUACCCGUUCCCCGGCACAGCACCGAGCAACUGUGCUGAAACAUACGGACGGAGAACGGCGUGCCGUGAGCCCUGGCAGGGAGCUUUGCAGACUAUGGCACUGUUAGACCUCGCUGUUGUUGUGGGCGUUGGACUGGUUCAGGUCCUAGGCCUCUUCCUUUCCAAAGACGGUAGCAACUGGCGCAGUACUUGGGGCUUCAGCCGUUCUGUAGAGAGAAGCCAACAUCGUGAAAGUCGUCGACCACUGUUGAUUGACAGGGAAAGAGAUGUUGUUGAGGAAGAAGAGGCAGCGCCUGAGCGGCCUGAAAGGGAAUCGCAAGGUUAUGGAAGUAUGAAUGGAGAUGAGUCUGGUCCUAGGGUUGUGCCAUCGUCGGUUGUUGAGCGUAACAACUGGGCUGAUGAGUGA